CGUGCUACUACAACCAAGGCACGCCAAAGCAGUCAGUUGCUCUGCCCUGCACAGCAAACGAUGGCCUCCAUCAAACUUUCCCUCACGCUCGUCCUCUUGAUAUCAGGGGUCGUGAUGCUGGGGACGGACAUCGAGGGCACUGAAGCAGUCUGCACCAUGUUCUGCGUCCAGGGAACAUACGUCACCUGCAGCAACCAUCCGGGCGAGCAGCUCUACGGCUGCGCCUGCAGGUGCGCCCCGCCGGACGGCGUCGGCUGCGUCGUCCACCUCGCCGACGGCUCGACGCAGCAGUGCUAGCUCAUCGGAAAACGCAGGAGGGAAAACAUUUGCAGUGGCGCCGUUGCCGCUGCUCUCUGUGCCACUGUGUCGUCGUCUGCAUGAAACACUCGUGGUAUGUGCGAGUCGUGUGAUCGAUCGUGUCUGCCCCCUCUUGAUUAACGAUUCGGUGUUGAAUGUGUCACUGGUUUGAUAAUUAAGCCUCUGUGUACUGUGUUUACUAGCUGCUACCUUUUGGAUCAAGUGUUGUUGUAUAAAAGAUCAAGAGGAGCAUCGAUCAAGUGUUGUUGUGUCAAACCAUGAAUUAAUUGUUCGAAAACAAUCAUCAUUUGAUGGGGGAAA